CAUUUUCUUCUUAACCAAACCAGUUAUAUAAUUUUUUUUUUUCUUAUCUAAAUCUUCACGAAUGCUUCUUCUUCUCUCCUUCUGCUGCUUCAUUAAUGGAGUCGUCUACUCCAUUUUUCUCACUCUUCAACAGCGUUCUUGAUUCAUAAAAAAAGAGUUUAAUUUCAUCUCUUCUUCUUAAUUAAUUUCUUUUUGCUUUUGUUUGUUCUUCAUUAUUUCCAUUUUCAGAAUCAUUUUUGGAUUAAAUUAAAAAAAAAAAAAAAAAAAAGAAUCAUCCACGAGAAAGGAACCAUGUUGCAGGACGUGAUUCAAUCUCAGGAGCACCUUCCCAAUAUUGAGGAGAUAUCUAGCCCAAUUAGUGCUCAAAUAUUUGAUUUCUGUGACCCUGAUAUAUUUCAAGAUACACUGCAAAAUUCUGAAGUCACUUCAAGAUCAAACUGUUGCUAUGAAGAUAACUCCUCUUAUACUACAAACUUAUCCAUAACUCCUGAUUUAGACAAUACAAAUACUAAAAAAUCAAACCAAACAGCCUCCAGCACCACCACCACCACCACCACCACUACCACCACCACCGCCAACAACAACAGCAACCUCUCCAUCCUCUUUGACUCACAAGAAGACAUUGACAAUGAUAUUUCUGCCUCCAUAGAUUUCUCUUCAUCUCCUCACUUUUCUGUACCUCAUCUCCUCUCCAACCAACAAGACCACUUUGAUUUCUCCUCAGGACAACCUCAGAUUCUGCUAACAGAUGUUGUCAUCAAUGGACUCUCCUCACACUACCCUGCUCAUCAUGAUACUGUAGCCGCGGCUGGUGGACCUCAUUUUCCUGCUGUUCUUGAAGAAGAUUGUUUGUCUUCUGUGCCUUCUUAUGCACCUUUGAAUCCUUCAUCGCCUUCUUGCUCCUUUCUUGGACCUGGUAUUCCCACAUAUCUGCCUGCUGGGAGUAUGAAUCCUGCUGAAAGUUGUGGGAUUUUCACCGGGAGCAUCCUCAUGGCUUCUGAACUGCAACAACAGGACUUGGAAUAUCAGGGUGAUAGUGGUGGAAUUUUCUGUCCUGAUGCAAUCCAGCGUGUCUUUAACCCUGGAGAUUUACAGAUGGUGGGUGGGGUUGCUACUUCUGCUCCAUUGGCAUCGGAGAUCUCAAGCUUGGACGAUUCAACUUUCAACAAAGUCGGCAAACUCUCUGUUGAACAAAGGAAGGAGAAGAUCCACAGGUACAUGAAGAAAAGGAACGAGAGAAAUUUCAGCAAGAAAAUCAAGUAUGCUUGCCGCAAGACACUAGCAGACAGCCGACCUCGAGUUAGAGGAAGGUUUGCAAAGAACGAUGAGUUUGGAGAGACUCCCAGACAAGCUUGCAGCAAUCACGAUGAGGAUGAUGAAGAUGAAGUGGUAGUGGUGAAAGAAGAAGACAUGGUUGAUUCCUCGGAUAUCUUUGCUCAUAUCAGUGGAGUCAAUUCCUUCAAGUGCAACUAUCCUAUCCAGUCCUGGAUCUGAAAUUAAUUCCUUUGAAAUUUCAGCAUAAUUUUCUACUAGAAUUUUUAACUGUGACCCUGCUUUAAGCCUCUAACCGGCUUUGAUUUUCUAAUAAUAAUAAUAAUAAUAACAAUAACAAUAACAAUAAUAAUAAUAAUAAUAAUAAUAAUAAUAGUAUAAAUAAAUAAUUGGGUCGUUAUGGUUUAUGAAUAAGAAGAUUAUGUAGAGAAGAGAGUGAAUAAGGAUGAUGCAGUUUUUGUAGAUAUAUGCAUGUAUGUGUCAAUGGGUUUUUGUGUACAAAUUCCAUGGCGACUUCCUUGACUGAAUUGAAAUGCUAGUUUGAGCAAGCCUUUGUAGUC